UCAAGAUCUGUAGAGCAAGUUGUCAACCUAUAAAUACUCAUGUUACAGUAAUUUUUGUAAUUCAAAAAUAUUUAGUUAGUAUAUAAUUUAUUUCAAAAGUGUUUAAUUUUAGUCGAUAAAGUAUUUUGAAAUUUAAGAAUUAUAGAAAAUUCUCUUAAACUAAUAAUAUGUUACUCAAUAAAGUGAAAUUAAUACUUUUUUUUAUUCACACAAUUAAUCAGUCAAAUUGUGUUGAUCUAAAUGAUAUCACAUGUGAGGAUAUACAAGAUCUUAAAAUGCAAUACCCAGAUAUUAUGCAUGUUACAUUAAAAGAUCAUCCUAAUUAUAUAUUUUCAUACAAUGGGCUAAAGUAUUGUCCAGUACAUUUCAGUCACCUAGUUGAUUAUGAAGUAGUUCCUUGUGAAGGUAUAGAAAUAAUAGAUAGAAGAUUGAAGUAUGUGAUUAAUAAUUGUAUUGACUAUGAAAGAUAUACUUUGGGCUAUGCGAUCAUUGUGAAUGCUAUUGAAAGUUUGUGCUUUACAUAUAUGUAUCAGUUCUGCGAGUUUGCAAUAGAAAUGAAUAAAUUAGGUGCUAAUAUUUCAUUAUACUUAGAUAAAUUUAGUGAAAAUCUUCAUUCUAUAAUUGUACCAAUAUUUAAUAAAGAAUGGAUUUCUCCUGAACCAUAUGAAUGUAUUUUAAAUGUUUACAAAGAACACGAAUAUAAAUAUAAGAAUUACGAAUUCAAUAAUGUAGACGAAAAGUACAUGAGUGAUCUACUAAGCUGCAAGAAUUUAAUGAAAAAUAAAGUACACUUUUUAACAGAACCUCCUGAAAAAUCAAUGAAUAAUAUGUCUGAAGAAAAUUUAAUAUCAAUACAAAGAUAUAAUAAUAAAAUUAUUGAGGAGUUGUUGACUAAAGGGUCAGAUUCUUACAAAUUUAUAACUGGAUAUAAAUAUGAAACCUCUUGUUUGGGGAAUACGUAUCACCAUAGUGGUACAAUCAGUAAUAUUCACAUUUUUUUACCAUGUGGACAUGGUUGGAGUUGUGGAUAUUGUAAUGUACUUAAGGAACAGUGUCCUGUAUGUCAUCAACAGAUUACAGGUACUCAAGCUAUUUAUAUAGAAACACCUGUGUCAAUAGUUGAAAAAGAUUUGUUGGACUUACAGCCAAGAUGUUUUUUAGACGGACGAGAAGCACGUUGUAUAAGCUGCCGCAAUCAAAUAAAAGAUGUGCAUCCUCCAAGCAAACACGUAAUGAUGCCAUGUGGUGAUGGUUGGUAUUGCAGUAAAUGCAUUGAUAAUAAAAAUUGUACAAUUUGUAGAAGAGAAUGCAAAGAUAAAUUGUGUGUAAAUUUAUAAGACAAUUAAUAAAUCUAUUCUGGUUUUAUCUUUAAAUAAUAUUAAUUUGAUUCGUUUCUAAAUAUUUUUGUUUCUUAAAUGUACAAGUUCCUACUUGUAUAUUUAUACUUUAUACUUUACUAAUUUGUACAAAAUUACAACCUUUUUGAAAUUAAUUUGAAAUAAUUACAUUAAAAAAUAAUCAAUAUGAAAACUUGAUUAAGAGACAAGGACAAACAUAUAAAAGUAUGUUUGAUACUGAAUAUUAAAUUAACAUUGUAUUAUUUUGUCUGCUCAUAAUAUUACAGCUUUACUAAUUUAAUCAAUUAAUUGAUUGAAAUAUCUAUUUAAUUAGAUUGACCAAUUGAAUCAAUAGGUCGGAAGUAUUGGCGUUCUAGACAAAAAAAAAAUUCGGCUAAGUAAAUAGCUUUUAGUUACGCACCAAAGAUAAAAAUUCGAAAUAUUUACAAAUAAUUACUUUAAUUUCAAUUUUUGAAUAUAAUAUAAUAUGUCUCACAACGUGAAACCUAUAUAAUAUUAAAUAUUUUUAAAAGUACUUUAUGAUGAAGAAUCUAAAAACCCAACCUAAUCCGACAGUAUUUAUUCUAUGAGUUAUUUAACUUUAAAGCCAAACACGCAAGGUUCUUUAAUUAAUAUAUAAAAUUAAUAUACACGCUUAUUUGUACUUUAACAGAUUCAAACGUUAUUUUUGUUUUAAUAUUUUAUAUGCGGAAGUAUUUUGGAUAUUUUCGUUUCAUAUGUAACAAAAAGGUUUAAGAUAU